AUGUUUCGUGAUAAAUUCGUCUUCCUCUUUUUCUUUUCCCUUUUAACCAUCGUAUGGCGGGAUGUACACAGCAGGGACGCCAAUGAGGUUAAUAUAGUCGUCAAGCCCAUUGAGGGGGGCACGCCCGGGGGGGGCGGCGCCGCGGGCGAAAAGAAAGGAGCCAGUGGGGAUGGCAAGGUCGACAAGGCGGACAACGGUGAUGAUGACAACAGCGAUGACAACAAUGAUGAUGACAACAAUGAUGAUGAAAACAAUGAUGAUGAAAACAAUGAUGAUGACAACAACGAUGACGACGAUAACAAUGAUGACAACAACAAUGACGGCGACAGGAAUGAUGACGACAGGAAUGAUGGUGCCAAGGAGGAGGAACACUCCCCAAAUAACUCCCCACCUGGGGGGAAGAACAACCACAAAAAUAAUAUUGAUACCAUAAUAAACGAAUAUUAUACGAAUGUACUCAUUCCAAGGGAAUCCAAAGAUCGAGCCGAAAUGGAAGAGGAGAAAAAAAAAAUGUCAUUCAUCACAAGAAUUAAAAACUUCUUCAAGCAGAAAGAGGAAGACAAGGAAGAAAAUCCAUCAACAUUAAUUGAAUACAUACGGAAUAAAAAUAAAAAAAUAUGGGAUCUCGAAGAGCAAAGAGAAAAAAGAGAUACAACUAAAAAUAUAUACAAAUAUCUUUUCUGGUCCACUGCUUACCUCUUAAUUAACGUGGCUGUCAUCCCAUUCAUAUCUUAUUAUUACAUAUACAAGAAGUGUAAUGAUACCAUUAUGGAGGAGUAUAGAAAUAAUAAAGACAGGCGCCUUGUCCCCUAUAAUUACGACUUUUCUUCUAACAGAUCCUCGGUAAAAUUUGCAGGCAGAACUUUCCACAACUGCAAGUAUUACCAUCCGAAGAGGAGGAGCAACUUUCCCUUCCUCGUCGGGAUGCUCAAUGGGAACCCUUACGCGAUUGUUAAACUAUGA